GGCCGCAGCUCUCGGCGCGCUCAUGCCCGACACGGGGCCUCGUCCAGGACUGACCACAGACGCUCACCGGACAUGCUGGCGGCACGUGCGAAGACGGCCUGGCUACCGCUACUGCUGCUGGCGCGCUUCGCCGCGGCCGCACUUAACGACACUGGCAUCGAGCUGCGCGGCGCACUGCACUCUUCGGCAGCCGGGGACCUUGACAGGUACAAGACAGCGGGCGCGUGCGAUGCGACGGUGGACAGCGCCGAGGGCUGGAUCCUGAGCCCCAACUACCCGAGCGACUACGCGAACUUUGGCACGUGCAAGUUCACGGUGCGAAAGCUGGGCAGCGACGUGUGCACGUUGCGGCUGACGCUGGACGAUUUCGAGCUGGAGGAGAGCGCUGACUGCUUCAAUGACUACCUGCUGCUACCCGACGGACAGAAGCUGUGCGGCUCCCUGCCACCGGACACUCUCAAGACGGUGAGCAUAUCGCGACGCCACAGCAGCUUCACAUUCAUCUUCUCAAGCAACGAGGCCAAGACGGCGAGGGGCUUCAUGAUCCGCGUGGAGCAAGUGCGCGACUCGUGCACCGACGACCUGCCAGACAGCCCGCUGUUCCCCACGGACUCGCAGCCGGAAGACUUCACGCCGCUCGGCAGGCCGCAGGCGCAGUUUGGAAAUGCAGGUGGGUGCGAUCGGGACGUGCUGGGCUACACGCACGUGCUGUCGUCGCCCGGCUACCCGUACGGCUACCCGCCGAACCAGUACUGCCUGUACCGGGUGUGGCGCGCCGACAGCUCGGUCUGCCUGCUUGAACUCGACGUGCGAGACUUCGAGCUGAACCAGCGCGACUGCUUCAGGGACUAUCUCGACCUGCCGGACGGGACGCAGUUCUGCGGCCAAGUGUCGGGAACCAAGCUGCUGGAAUUCACCCCUGGCUCGGAGACGCUGAGGCUCAAGUUCGUCAGCGACGCGUACGGCUCUGGCAAGGGCUUCAACGUAUUCUUGCGGCAGAGGCCCAACUCCUGCAGGGGACAGGUACCUCUCGGCGUGUGUGACCAGAGGCUGUCUGCCGUGUCUUCCCUGGUUCGCUCUCCCGGCUACCCUCGUGCCUACCCGGCCAACCUGCGCUGCCGCUACACGGUGAUUCGGCUCAACCGCAACGUGUGCCGGCUUCAGGUGCUCUUCCGGCGGUUCAGCCUCGAGAACAGCUUCGGCUGCAGAAAGGACUACCUCGAGAUGCCCGACAGGACCAGGAUCUGUGGGCGCUACGCUGGCAGCCGAACGUACGACUUCAACCAGGACUCCGUAAACUUCUACUUCACCACGGACAGAUUCCGGACGGACACGGGCUUCGAGAUUGAGAUUCGUCAACUGCAGAACUCGUGUCUCAACCCCGUGGCAGAACCUCCACCGUCGUCGCCGGGCAGUUGUGACCGGACCGUGUCCCGGGACGUGGAGAUCGUGCGGUCGCCGUCGUUCCCGGGCGACUACCCGGGCGGGGCGCGCUGCGUCUACAGGCUGCGGCGGUCGCGGCCCAGCGUGUGCCAGCUGCGGCUAGACCUGGUCGACUUCGACGUCGAGGACGCCCCGGACUGCGUCGCCGACUCCUUGCUCAUCGAGAGCACGGGCGAGCGACUCUGCGGCUUCCGGUCGUCCACGUCACGGGUUCUCUACUUCCCACGAGAGGCGGACGAGCUGCGACUGGUUUUCACCUCGGACCUGACCACCACCCGCAAGGGAUUCGAGAUUAAGGUGACACAGAGUGACAUCGGCUGCACACGGGCGCCACUCGGACCGGCCGUGGGACGUCCUGGCGGCGGUUCUUCAUCGCCGACAUCAUCGUCGACCUGCGGUCGGCUGCACUACGACGGCGGCGUGCUGGAGAGCCCGCGGCAUCCGUUCGCGUACCCGGCCAAUUUGGACUGCCGCUACUGGAUCCACCGCGCCAGUCCGAGCGUAUGCCGCGCACAACUCACCUUCGGUCGAUUCGACGUGGGCGUUCAGAGGAGCGGACGCUGCCCUUCCGACUACCUAGAGAUCCAGGGAACGCGCUACUGCGGACGCCGCGAUGGGCAGACGAUCAUUGUGGACUUUCCCCGAGGACGCAACUCCAUCGAGCUGAAGCUGCACACGGACGAUGUGUACGAGCGCUCAGGAUUCCGCAUCGACGUCAAGCAGAUCUCCAGUGGAUGCGUGGCAUCUCCCCUGCCAGGAGAAGAUUGCGACCAGGUGAUCACAAGCGAGAUAUUCCAGCUGAUGAGCCCGGGCUUCCGACGGGGAGGCUACCCGGGGGGCAUACACUGCAUCUACACGCUGCGCAAGCACGACUUCCGAGUAUGCGCGCUCGAGAUCAAGAUGGAUGCCUUCGAACUGGAGCAGGACCCCGGAUGCUCAAAGGACUACCUGCAAUUCGGCACGCUGCGCUUCUGCGGCAAGCAGGCGUACGGUGCCACAAGGACAAUCGAGUUCCUGGAAGACGAGAUGAAGAUCCAGUUCCACACAAACCCGACUGUCAGCGGCGCUGGCUUCCUGCUGACCGGCAAGCAAGUGACCUGUUAACUGAACUGUUUCUGGAGACGCUCUUUUUCGAUAGAGUUUAUUAAAGAGGCUUGUUUUCGCGGUG